GCUAUUUACUGGGACAGCUUCUCAUACAAAAACUCCGUCACAAUGUCUAACCGCGCCAUUCAGCUGCGCCAGCUCAGAGUAUUCAUUGAAUCGAGGGAUCCUACAGUGUUCGGUCUCCUACGAUCAAUCCAAACUGAAGCCUACUCAGCACUCUCGAAGUUGAAAUAUAAAAGCUGAAUAAGACCCUCGGGAUGUCAACUAUGAGACAGUACAUCAGAGGAAAAUGGGAAGAGAUGAAACAUAAGACAAGCAGCCCCAUGCCAUCUCUCACUUAUUCACCGCUGCCGCCAGUCUAUACUACUCGCAUGGUUCGCCUUCUACCGCACGAGGAUAAGAAUGCCUCCAUCGAAUGCGAGAUUUCCAUCUACGGUCUAUCAGAGGCAGGCGGUAGAGAGCACCUUUACGAGACACUUUUCUAUGCUUGAUGAGUAAUGUUAGAUCUCUGCCAUACUAAAUAGCUGCACUUUCCCUGUUACUAGGAACCUCCAUACCUGCCAUGUGGCGUACGUGGGAUAUUGAAGAGAGCGAGUAGCUCAAGAGAAUCCACAACGUUAUUUUCUCGAAAAUCUGUUCAUUAGCAAGCGAAUGCGACACUCCAAAUAGCCACAUCUAUUCAACUCUAACUGCAGC